CCGCGAUGGGGCUGGCGAUGCCGCUCGGCUGCUGAUGAGAGGGGGCAGAUUUCUCAACUCUCUGCGGCAGCUAGCCAGGCAGCCAGUGAGCAACACGCCUUUGAUCCGCAACGCAUUCGAGCUGGGGCACUGCGUUUCCAAGCCGAUCAAGCACGGGUGUAUGUCGCCGCCGUCCAAGGAGAAGCAGUACUUUUUGAUCGGGCUCUCGUCGUCGAUGAAGCAGCAGCACGCCGCUGCCAUGAAGAACCUGCUGACUUCCACACACAUCAAGAACAGCAGCUCUGCCGCUGCUAUGGUGCAAGAACCUCUGGAAGAUAAAAUGGAAGCUCCUCCUCCGAUAGAGGACAAUGUGGUUCCUCCUGCACUGGAAACAUCUUCUCCUGCCGAGCAAGUUUGUGAUGCUGGGAUUUCUCCCGGUUACUGGGGCGUGUGUUUCGGCAAGCCGAACGAUGUUGGGUCGAAGAUUUGGAAUUCCUUCCGGCCAUCGGAGAACCGGAUAAUUGAGGCUGAGGCGAGUAUCGACGUAAACAAGCACAGGAACCCAGAGAAUUUCUCCGACCAGUUUGCGAGGCUGGCCGUGAUGGCUCUAAGAUCUCCCACCGACUUGCUCUUUCGGCAACGUUACAUAUGUCGAGCCGCAAUGCUAGAAACCAUCUCUGGUGUUCCCGGAAUGGUUGGGGGGAUGGUUUUGCAUUGUAAGUCUCUGAGGCGAGUAGAGCACAGUGGAGGGUGGAUCAAGGCUCUUAUGGAAGAAGCAGAAAACGAACGAAUGCACCUGAUGACGUUCAUGGAGCUGUCCAAACCAUCGUGGCAGGAACGGGCCUUGGUUUUUACUGCUCAAGGGAUGUUUAUGAACGCGUAUUUCCUGCUUUACGUCGUUUCUCCUCGGUUUGCUCAUCGGAUGGCGGGGUACAUCAGAGAGGAGACAAUCCAGUCGUAUACACAACUCAUCAAUGACAUAGACGACGGAAAGGUCCCAAACGCUUCUGCGCCGGACCUUGCUAUCGAUUACUGGAGGUUGCCAAUUGAUGCGACACUACGGGACGUUGUCAUGGUCAUUCGGGCAGAUGAAAUACACCAUCGCGAAAUAAAUCACUUCGCUGCUGAUGUUUAUAUGCAAGGGCAUACUCUCAAAGAGGCUCCUGCAGAUAUGGUCACCAUGACAACUAGCUUUGCGAGGAGUCACGCGUCGACUACGUAGAGAUCAUUCAGCCGCUCAACAAUGAUUCGCUCAUGUUAUUUUGUGUUUCCAGAAAUAUAGAUGGCCUUCCACAGACAAAUUUCCUUUUAAAAAUUGAUGUUUGUUCCGCUUU